ACCGCACCCGUCUCGGCGAGUUUAUGCGCGCUGCCGAAGAGUCCUCACACAAAAUACGACGGAAGCGGACAGAAGAUCACGGACAGUAUGAGAAAAUGACCCCUUUGUCGCCACAAGAGUCUUCUAAAGCUUGCUAUUAAUCAGGAUUCUACUUUCCCUGACGUAGACGUCACCCCAGCCAUGUCUUGCCGAGACAUUCACGCCACCAACGCAUUUUCCUUCAUCAUCGCACUGCUGUCAGUGGGUGGUUUGACAGUCGCUAUGCUCAUCCCUCAGUGGAGAACCACACGCCUUCUAACCUUCAACCGUAAUGCCAAAAACGUCACAGUGUAUGAUGGCCUAUGGACCAAGUGUGUGCAGCGAGAUGGUUCUUCAGGUUGUUAUUACUUUGAUGCAGACUGGUACACUAAAGUAGAUCAGCUGGACCUCAGACUGUUGCAGUUCUGUUUACCUACUGGUCUGUUGUUUUCUAGCUUGGCUCUACUUCUCUGUCUCACUGGCAUGUGUAAAACAGCUUGCUGCUCGAAGAUCCCAGAUGACAUCAAGAACAGCUGCUGCUUGGUCAACAGUUCAGGGUGCCAUCUAGUGGCUGGGAUGCUUCUUUUUCUAGGUGGGGCAGUUGCCAUGCCGCCCUCUGUCUGGUUCCUGUUCCACACACGAGACCUGAACAAACGCUAUGAUAAUCUUUUUGCAGUGGAGUUUGGGGUCUAUGUGGCCAUUGGCAGUGCUGGUGGGCUGAUGUUAGCUGCUCUGCUCAUGUUCAUGUGGUAUUGUAUGUGUAAAAAACUGCCUUCACCCUUUUGGUUGCCUCUCCCCGAGGUGCCUGAAAUGACCAACAGCCUCUCAGCACAGCCCCUCUUGACCAAUGGCCUGCCCACUCCUGUGACCUACAUGCCUCAGAGUUUCCCUCCCGCUGUCCUGGAUGCCCCCUCUUUUGCCCCAGUGAUGGGUUACAACCAUGUACCCACACAGCCUCUGCCACCCCAUGUCUUUGUGCCACAGAUGUCUGUGCCUGACGGUUACGGAUCAGAAGUUGGAGCCUCACAGGUAUAUAGUUAUGCUCCUUCACAGGGAUACGCCCCUUCUCAGGGAUACCCACCCUCACAGAGGUAUGUUGGGCACCGUUAUUCCACACGCUCCCAUAUGUCAGGCAUUGAGAUUGACAUCCCUGUCCUUACAGAGUGACAUUGUGUAGAAAUGGAGUUGAGGUGUUGACAGGGGCUCAAAGAGGUCAAACAGGCAUUGCGUGUAUUUCUACAUAUUAGAGAAGCUGUGGUGUGUGAAUACUCUUUGGGCAGAUCAGCAUGGUUUGGCUGUGAUAUUUUGGGAAAUUUAAAGUGAAGGAAAUGGUAAUAUUGAAAGAAACUCUUUUACUCAGUUCAUGUAGCACAUGCUACUCUUGUCAAAGCACUGAAAGUGUCCAAAAAGUAAAAACAAAAAGAAUAAUACAACAAGCAUGGUCUUUAUUUUAUUUCAAGUUAAAUGGUAUCACUGAUCAAUGUUAACACUGAUGUUGAUGUUAAGCACUGUUCUAACCUGUUAAUGAAUAUGUCUACUAAUCUACGUCUGAUUAGUAACAAAUAUUAGCAGAUAAUAUGACUGCUUAAACAUGUCUCUGUGUCUUGUAUUACUGUUGAUGCCAUUAAUGUUCCUAUUUGUCUUUUGCUUCUUUUGCCAAUUCCUUUUAAAGAAUUCACAUGUUGCUUUAUUGUUCUAAUACCUGAAUAUCAUGUUUUUUUCCCUGCUGUUGUUACAUAAUUGCAUGAUAUGUUUAGGCUUGUGUACUUGUAUGUAGUGUACUUGCUAAUAUAAAAAAGCUUUUUACUAAGUAAUUUUAAUUUGUAUUUUAAUGUAUUUUUUGUUGUCGUUUUCAGUUUAAUAAAAAAAGUGAAAUAGAUCAGAUAAAAGUUUAUUACUACCCAUAUUUAAAAAUGUGUAUAUUCACAAGAUUUUCGCAAAACUUUCAAUAUAAAAAAUAGUUUGAAAGUUUCAGAAAAUAACUUAAUUUGACUACUUUGGCUCAUUGCUCUUGUGAAUCUCAGAUGCCUUUAUUUAGCAGUUUAACCACUGUAUGAGAAGUAGAUCUAGCCAUUUACUCUUUUAAAAUUUAGACUGUAUGACUUACAUGAGCAAAAAACAUUAAUGAAAAAUAUGGUAUGGUAUUGCAUUCCAUGUACUCCUGUUCUUAGUUGAAGUGUUUUGGUUGUUGCCUUUUAAAGGUGACAUACCAAAGUCAUUGUAAUGUAAAUGAGAGCAUUUGAAAAUGUAAUGCUCAUGUAAUGUGUUUAUGUUUACGGGUUGUUACACUCAUUCCAUUGCAGAAAUGAAGUAUCAUGUCUGAGAAAAACACUAAUGUCUUAAAUAACUAAUGGUUCCUCAAAUAUUGCCUAUAAAAUAUUGCACAAAAAUCAAAUUCAUUUUGCCUGUUUCUAAUAAGUUUUGUUGUAAAAAGUACUUAUUUCUAAUUCAUGUUUUUUCACAUAUCAAUGUACAGACUAUUA